AUGACGACGCGCCAGAAAGCUACCAUUAUCGUCACUGGCGCAAAUGGUCAUCUCCACAGCGCCAUCGUUCGCUACAUCGUCUCGUCGCCGGAACUACAAGUCUACUAUUCCGUUUUCAUAGUCCGAGACAGAGCUGCAGAAAACACCGGACUCAGGUUCGCAUUAAAGGCAGCGAGCGAGGAAGCUUCGCACGAGGUCGUCUUCUCUGGAUCUGGCUAUCCUUUCCAACGUCCGCCAAGUGGCCGCGACCAUCAACGGGUGCAUCUCUGCUGGAAAUAUCCCCCAGAUCUGUGUGCUGGUGCUCGAUGCCUCCUUUGUUAA